GGCUCGCUGCUCCCGACGGCAGCAGGCAGCGCUCACAUCUGAGGAGCCGUUUCUGUCAAAGAAAAGCUGACGGAACACAAAGGAGCUCUCCCAACAUCAACAAAUCCCCGAUGUAGCCCAGGACUCAAAGACGGAUUAUAAAGAGUGUAUACUGCUUGUAAAUGAUCCAGGAGAAACUCUGACAUUGUGUCUGUUUUUUCGGUUGAGGAUCUUCUCUCAUCACCUGGCUUCUUUUCCAACAUCUUCAAGCUUCCAAAAAGAACGGUCAGUAAACAAUCCUAUCUGAUUGCAUCCUGUGAUGGACUGAAGGUGUGAGGAGACAGAUACAGAGGGCAGCUGAGAAGCUGGAUCAGUGGUCUGGAUAAGGUUUAUCAAAGGACCGAAAGUGAGAAAGUCUGUUUACAGCUGGUGGCGUCAUCAGGUUUGGACCUCCCUUGGGGUUUUAAUGUACAUAUGUUACAUAAGGAUCAUACUCAGACCAGCGUCAUGACUCCAGCUGACUCAUCAGAUGUUCCUUAAGAUGCUGGCAAAUGAAUUAAAUGAUUUUUGAAGUUACGUUGUGAAAAGAUAUAAAGGACAACACAAGACAGCUUCUAUUUUUGAAUUUCAGGAUGUGGGACCAGUUUUUGCACUGGAUAUAUGACUUUUUUUGAUUUCCAAUUGUGGUGAUUUUUUUUUUUUUUUUUUCAUAGAGACAAUAUGAAUGGAUUUUAAUGUAACCAGCCUUACAUUGGAAACAUUCUCAAAUCUUCCUCUGCUGUUGGUUGUGUUUCCACUGGGGAGCAGCAUGGAUCUGUCCCAGGACCAGCUGUUGGACAGAAGCUCAGUCCAGCCCAGCUUCUCUCCACUGCUUCAGGAUGAGGACAGACUAAACCACACCUUCAGAUUUCACAGCUCUCUUCAUCAACCCCUGCCCUCCCUGCAGCCUCCCACCAUGUCCCCCUACUCCUCCCUCACCCCCUCUCACUUAUAUGCCACUGACUCCUCCUUAUCCUUUAGGCAAACAUCCACUCUUGUCUCCCAAUCUUCUUCCUCCUCAGUUUCUUCGUUCCUCUCCACCUUUUCCUCUAAUGACUUGGCGGACCUGGAGAACAUGCUGCUGUGGACUCUCCAUGAGCCCAGCACUAUCGCUCUCACCAUCAUGUACUGCAUAUCCUUUAUUCUGGGAUUCAUUGGGAAUUUAAUGUCCUUGCGAGUCCUCACCAACAGGCGUAGCCGGAGGCUGGCCGGGGUCAGCGCCACUCGUAGUCUCCUGGUGAAUCUGGCGGUGUGCGACCUGGCUGUAGUGUGCGUGUGCAUGCCCAUCACAUUGGGUAGUCAGAUCUAUACAGCCUGGGUCUACGGGGACCUCCUGUGUCGAGCGGUGCCCUUCACUCAGGCUGUGUCGGUCUCAGCCAGUGUCUUAACACUGACAGUCAUUAGCGUGAAUCGUUACUACAGUGUGCGAUCGCCGUUGCGUGCUCGCUCCAUGUUUACCCGCCGACGGAUCUUGGCAACUGUGGCCGUGGUGUGGAUAGUGUCUUCGGUGAUGUGUGCUCCGAUCGCAGUCAUGAACCGCCGGAGGGAAAUCAGUUUUGGAACGUUUGCCAUCUUGGUGUGUCAGGAGGAGUGGCCUCAGCCUCGCCUUAAACAGGGAUACAAUGUACUGCUGUUUGUGAUGCUCUACUGCCUGCCAGUGACCUUCAACCUCACCAUAGGCUUCCUGACCGGGAGGCGGCUCUGGGGAGGGAAGAAAUCCACAUUCUCAGAUCUUGACCCUCGCAGCCAGGCUUUGCAUGUCUCUCGCCUCAAGACUCGGCAGAAAAUUGCCAAGAUGGUGGUGUGUCUGGUGUUGCUGUUUGCAGUGUCCUGGCUGCCGCUCUAUCUGGCUGACCUUUGGAUCGACUGUGAGCAAAGGCCACCAUCUUGGCUCCUGCAGACACGUCCAUUUGCCCAGUGGCUGGGUCUGACAAACUCCAGUCUUAACCCAAUUUGCUACUGCUUCAUAGGAGACCUGUACCGCUCAGCUAAAGUCAUUCGGACUCGAUACUAUGAGAAAGUGGCAGCUUUAUUUGGAUCAUCUACAUUCUCCAGAUCAGCUGCGGCGACGUCUCCUUCUGUAGUGAUUACAGACAGUAAAGUGACUUCUGCUGAGCAUCAUCAUAUUGCUGCUGCUGCCAUGGUAGCCUCUGCUUCCAUGGUUACGAUCCCCAGACUUUUUAGCUUGGCCAGAGCCCAGGGCUUAGGGCAGAAGGUUCGAGACAGCUCAGACAGCCGAGGAGGAUCUGACCACAGUAUCUCAGACUGGUGUCGCUCCAGUCCCAGUGUGUGUGAUGGCUCUUUGUUCCCUUGCCAGCUCCACACACUACAUCACUCCAUACACAGAGACUUCCUACCUACAAGAAGACACUCUGUGAAUGAGAACGCUGGAUCAUUACCUUUAAGAAUGGAGUCUGUGGAAAUAGAUGUGCUGCCUUUGAGGAGGCAUUCUGGCGACAGAAUAUAUGGUCUGUUAGCUGAUAAGAAAGAUAUUAUUACCAGGGGCAGAGACAUGCUCUGUUACACUGGGCAGCACAGAAGCAAAAUAUCACACACCUACUCUCAGGUUGGAACCACUGAAGAUGAAACAACUGACACAACCAGCCUCUGAAUGCUGCAGACUAACUUAUGUCGAAGCAUGGAGGAUUUUUUUUUUUUUUUUUUUUCUUUUUCAUCCAG